AAUUCCAAAGUUGAUAUUCCGAGCAGCUUAAUUAAUGUCCGGCCUAGCUAGAUGUUAGCCAUUUAUGAAUAAAAUCAUCGACAUUUCCUAUGAAACUUAAUGAACUCAUUCCACCUCUAUUUCAACCAAUUUCCACAACUCUCACAAUUUCCCUCCGAGGAAAAAAAAAAGCUUGAUAAGCUAAAAAAUGGGAGACUUGAAAACGUUGGCAAAGGCAAGAAUGGAGCUUGAAGAAUUGUAUUCAGGAAUCCCAGAUGAUUCAGUCAAUCUCACUUUUCAAGACCUAGCAAUACAUGUGAAACAAAGCAAAAAUAGUACACCAGAGAAGAUAAAUGCCACCACCAAUAAAGAACCAAUUCAAGAAGCCAAAACCCCUAAACAAGUUUCUCCUCUAACCAAGUUGCCUAGCCUUGAUUUCAACAGAGGUUUACAGGCUUCCGAAAAUCAUCAACAACCUCGUCAUCUUGCUGAAGGGCACCCACUUGGUAAAUCUCAUAAACAUAACCUGCAGCAUGAUGAUACUCAUAGUCCGUGUGGCAAUAUUGGAUCAGAUCAUCAUGAUCAAAGCAAUGAUGUUCGUGCAAAUAUAGGUAGAAAAGGUCCUUCAAAAUCAAGGUUUGCACCGGAGAGAAGCAGGGAAUUUGAUGAUGUGAGUGUUAUGAGCAUGAAUUCUAUGUACCAAGAAAGAAGUGGAAGACCUCGUCGCCCUGGAAUCCCUCACUCCAAUAUUUGCACCAUUUGCUCUACUUACAUCUAUAUUUUUCGGCAUCGUUGCUUGGUUUGUGGAAGAGUCUAUUGCCGAAAUUGUGUAAGCAUAGGAAUGGGAGAGAUGACAGAAGGAAGAAAGUGCAUCGACUGUUUAGGGAGAAGGUUCAGUCAAAGAUACAUUAGUAGAGCAGGA